AUGGCCGAGAACUAUCAGGUGAUGGAGGAGCUGGGCAGCGGGAGCUUCGGAAAGGUGUACAAGGCUGUCGACCGACGGACGGGCGAGAUUGUCGCCAUCAAACACAUCGACCUCGAGGACAGCAGCGAAGAGCUCGCCGACAUCCAAGCCGAGAUUUCGCUGCUCAGUACAUGCCACAGCCCUUAUAUCACCGAAUACAAGACGAGUUUUGUCAAAGGAGUCAAGUUAUGGAUUGUCAUGGAAUUCCUAGGUGGAGGGUCUGCAGCAGAUAUGGUAUGUGCUGAAGCACACAUCGCCAUCAUGUGCCGCGAACUUUUGCUAGGACUCGACUACCUCCAUUCGACCGGCAAGAUCCACCGAGACAUCAAGGCUGCGAACGUCCUUCUCACCGAUCAGGGCCGGGUCAAGCUCGCCGACUUUGGUGUCGCGGCACAACUCACCAACAUCAAAUCGCAACGCAUGACGUUCGUCGGAACCCCUUUCUGGAUGGCACCUGAAGUUAUUCAAGAAGCUGGCUAUGACUUCAGGGCAGACAUUUGGUCACUGGGUAUCACAGCCAUGGAGCUGGCAGAAGGAGCACCUCCGUAUGCUGGAUCUCACCCAAUGAAGGUCCUCUUCACAAUCCCCAAGAACCCUGCUCCUCGUCUUACCGGCGACCAGUGGAGCAAAGACUUCAAGGACUUCAUCGCACAGUGUCUCAUCAAAGAUCCCGACCGAAGGGCCACAGCUAAGGAGCUUUUGAAGCACCGCUUCAUUAUGCGCGCAGGCAAGGUCGAGGCAUUGCGAGAGUUGGUGGAACGCAAGCAAAUGUGGGAGGCACAGCGAGAGCAACAGGCGGUAUCGCACCCCAAGUACUACGAGGAGACCAUGCGCGAUCUCUCUCCAAAGGGAGAAGACGACGACUGGACGUUCGACACAGUCAGGCCUCGCACCGCAACGACAGUUCACCAGACAGCUCGACGACGCAAGACUGCACGCAUACCCUCUACCGAUGUUGUCGCGGUAGCGAAGAAGAUGCAGCACAUGGAGCUCGACGACGCCCCCUUGGGAGACGUUACAGACUCACCGAUGCGUGAGCGCCGUCCAGCCUCGUCUCGUCAGACCUCGCACGGCACAGCGUUCCGCAUACCAUCCGGAAACACACCCACGGCUCGUCGUGUUAGCAACAUGCCCAAGCAGCCUCUAGGGGUUGACCUUUCUUUCGGCAACUCUCCAUCAACAGUGCGACACUUCAAGCGUGUUCCUAGUGGAGAGCGCCGUGCAGCCCUCGGAUCAAACCCUCCUCCGACCGUCUCAAGCAACGAAAGCGCCCCAGGAUUCCAACCAAACCCCGAAGCUCGCACAUUCCGUCCAUCCCCGCCCAACUCAAACCAUCCUUUGGACAUAAACAACGAGAACGCGCCUCCCACACCUGAUUACCCACCUAUGGCUGUUACCAAAGAUGCUCUGUAUGGUCGCCGAGCAUAUAGCAAGGUUCUGGAUUCUGUCUUCCAGGAAGCACAUGCAGACACAGCGUCUCCCCAUCAGCGUGAGGCUAUCGGACGUGUCGCUCAGGCUUGGCAACAGCUCGAUGAAAUCGACCCACAGGGCGAAUUCAUGCUCUUGAAAGCCAUGGUUGACCGCCUGAAGGGCGAUGCAAAGCUUGCUGCUGCUCUAGGCAUUGAAGUCCCGUCAGUGCAAACACCACGCAAGCACAAUACUAACACGAGCGAUACAAGCCUCAGUGGCACAACCGUGCAUGGAACCAGCACCACUCGCAUUCGAUCCAGCGCAGCUACAAGAACAAUGACUACAACGCGAACCACAAGCCGCUCUUCAACACCAACGCCCGGCCCGCCUGUCGACAGCACACCAUCAGAGGUUCCAUCAGCGUCUCCGCUCAAGGCAACCAAGCUCUUGCUUGCGCAAAACAAUCCACAUCUCAAAUCACACCGUCGCCGUCAGAGCGCAAUUGUAGUUGGAGAGAAGACCCCUGGCCAGAACGCUUCGUUCGCGCUGGAUGAAAAGAAACUCCCUGGCUACGUGGAGAAGGGUAUGGAGCAGCAAGGUCUACUCGCCGACAUACUCUAUUCACAGUGGAUGGCAGGUCUGAAGACGCGCUGGCCAGCGACAUAG